AUGUCAAACCUAGAGUUACCAAGCCGAAGCUUACUUGUUUUCAUAACCGAGGCAAGUGUUUGUAUUGCAUUGAGCAUCACAAGCAUCAUUGGAAACAGUCUGGUUUGUGUGGCAACAUAUAGAAACUCAAACCUGCGAUCAACCACCAACCUGUAUAUCAUAGCUUUAGCGGUAAGUGAUCUGCUGUAUGGAAUAGUAGAUAUGCCGGUAGCUUCUACCACGCUGAUCGUUGGAAGAUAGGUCUUUGGCGACGCCUUAUGCCAAUUUCAAGGCUCAGUUACUGAAUUUACCUAUUAUUUUACCCCAGCGACCCUUGGUUUGACAGCGUUUAACCGCUACGUGAAAAUUGAAAAGACAAGCCAUUACAAGAUGUUUUCGUCCCAAAGAUCUAAGAUAUGGUUGAGUUGCUUGUGGCUUUCCCUUGCACUUUACCUGCUCAUUGUCCGACUCACAGAUUGGUUACGAAUUGAAUUUAUGCAAAGCUACGCAGUGUGCGUCUUUGCUUUCCCAACCAGUGAAAGUCAAAUCGUUCAUUAUUGCACCACUUUUGGAUUACUUUUUGUUUUACCGUUGUUUGUCGGCAUUUUCAGUUAUUAUAAGAUAUUUCUCAAAACCAAUGAGCAUCAACAUAGUGUAGUCUCAUCGCUACAGAACGGGAGUGAAAAUUGUUCAGUAACCAACUAA